AUAUUUUUGAUAACCAUCAAACAGUAGCCAGUUUGUUUUCUCAAAUUCCACCCAUCAAUUCCCUGCAAGAACCGAACCGCCCCUCUAGCACUUGCUCUCUGGACCAGCUGCUCCUUUUUUAAUUUUCCCUCAUCGAAUCAUUCCUGUCCUGAAAACAUAAAGCUAUAGUGGAUUACAUGUAUUUAUAUGGGAGUAUGUAGCAAGGUCUUUGAUCGGUCUGCAUCCUUAAAUUCACCAGUCAUACUUUUUAAACCCUUUUCUUCUCCAUACAUUUCAUCAUCACCAUAAUAAGUUUUUACCUUUUCUUUUGACUCUUUAAGUCUCUCUUUAAGCUUGUGUGGCGUUUUUCAUUUUUAUAAAAUGACGAGUGCUGCUACAGCUUCAACUGUGCCUGACCUCUCGUUACAGAUUAGCCCACCCUCCCCGUUAGCUAAAGAUCAUAUCGGAUUGAUGGUGAGGGAAUCAGCAUAUAGUGACCGAAGCUCCGCGACAGAUUCAGGAAGUAGCGGAGGAAGCGAUUUAAGUCAUGAAAAUGAAACGAAGGCUUUCUGUGACAACCUUGAUCUGAGUUUAGGUUUGGAGAUGUUGGGGCCUAAUAUGAAUUCGCCAAGGCCUCUACAAGACAAUGUUCGCCAUUACAAACCGCGUAUUUGUUCACGUGAGUUCAGAGGGGGUUCGAGAACGAUGAGCAUCGGGAUGAAACGAAGUGCUCGAGCUCCCAGGAUGAGAUGGACUUCGACUCUUCACGCACAUUUUGUCCAUGCAGUUCAGCUCCUUGGCGGUCAUGAAAGAGCAACGCCAAAAUCAGUGCUGGAGUUGAUGAAUGUCAAGGACUUAACAUUAGCUCAUGUGAAGAGUCACUUACAGAUGUAUAGAACUGUGAAGAGUACUGACAAAGUAACAGGCCAAGGACAGACAGAAAUGGAUCUGAACCAAAGGAAACAUAUAGGAGAAGGAGAAGUUGAGGCUUGCGACAAUCUGCCUUCGAAUUCAAUAAAUCCAUCAUUGCCCUCACUUUCGAUUCCAACUAAACUACAAAAACUGCAAAGUUUGAGCAGAGAUUCUUUGGCAUCAUUGUCAGAAACAAACGAAAGGGGCCAUUCACAUCAAGAAAAUUCUUCAAGUACUUAUCUGGCUUCCCAAGAAGAUGAUAAUAAGGUGAAAGAAAAUGAAGAGGUUGAUGCUAUGCAUCAGCUGGAAAAGGAAAAGAUGCUACUAAAUUUGGAGAUCAGCCUGGGGCGACCGAUCUGGCAAAGUAAUGGAUCUUCAAGUGGCCUCAUCAGCCUUCUCAACUGUGUUAGACCUUAGCUAGUUAUAGCAUAUCUCCCUCGAAAUCUCUCGCUUGUUCUAAAAAAUGGACUUGUGUUUGUUUCACCUUCACUAUAUUAUUUCCUCUGCUAUAUGAAUCCAGAACUAAUUAUUAAUCAGUUAUAGAAUCAGUAAUAAAAUUUCACCUCAGACAGUUCUUGUAGUUGAUAAGUAUGAUAUUAUGAUUGAACAUGCAUGUAAAAUUCUUAAA